CCCGUCAAUCAAACUCCCCAUGUCCAGAUAGUUGGUCAAAUAGAAAACCAGUCAAAUUUAAUCUGCUUGAAUCCUGUGGAUUUUCCUGGCCGCCAACCUUCAGGGACUCACGUUUUUGUGAUAAGUGAUACGUGUCAAGAGUCGGAGGUGUGAAUGCUCCUCUCUGCGCGUUCUGUCAGCGGCUAACGGGAUGAUGUUUCGAAUUAGACGCUGGAACAGCUGUGCUCGUCGACGUUAAAACAAAAUAAACGGGUGUUUCCUUAAGCGACUUUUUUUUUGCCGGAGGACCAUCGAUGUGAUUUCUAGGGAGAAAAGACGGCGGAACAAAGCAUCCAAAAUGAUGUCGGGGAAGCAUUUCAAGGCUCACGACGUCAGCUGCUGUAUCAAGUAUUUCAUUUUCGGAUUCAACAUCAUAUUCUGGUUCCUUGGCGUGGCAUUCCUUGGCAUCGGAUUGUGGGCAUGGAGUGAGAAGGGUGUUCUUUCCAACAUCUCAUCUAUCACAGACCUGGGGGGCUUCGAUCCAGUGUGGCUCUUCCUCGUGGUUGGUGGUGUAAUGUUCAUUCUGGGAUUUGCGGGUUGCAUCGGAGCACUGCGAGAAAACUCUUUCCUGCUCAAAUUUUUCUCAGUGUUUCUGGGUAUCAUCUUCUUCCUGGAGCUGACGGCAGGAGUUCUGGCCUUUGUCUUCAAAGACUGGAUCAAGGACCAGCUCAACUUUUUCAUCAACAAUAACAUUCGGGCCUACCGGGAUGACAUUGAUCUGCAGAACCUAAUAGACUUCACCCAAGAAUAUUGGGAGUGUUGCGGUGCUUUUGGAGCUGACGACUGGAAUUUGAACAUCUAUUUCAACUGCACUGAUUCAAACCCAAGCCGCGAGAAAUGUGGUGUGCCUUUUUCCUGUUGCACCAAAGACCCGGCGGAGGACGUCAUCAACACUCAAUGUGGAUAUGAUAUCCGAGCAAAAGCCGCCUCAGAGCAGAGGACAUUCAUCUACAUUAAAGGGUGUGUCCCCCAAUUUGAGAAGUGGCUUCAAGACAACUUGACAGAGGUGGCAGGCAUAUUUAUUGGGAUUGCAUUAUUACAGAUAUUUGGCAUCUGCCUGGCACAGAACCUGGUGAGCGACAUUGAAGCAGUCAGAGAAAGUUGUUUGUUCACCUAAGGCUGCCAUAUAAUCUCCAGAGGAAAGAAGGAUGCACCAGGACUCUUCAGACUGUACACCAGCAAUGAAGGGAGACACGUUAAUCAACUUUGGUGUCCAAUAUGAAGGGACUCAUUUUUGUGUAAAUAGUACAUGUAGAGUCAAUUUGUGGACCUAUUUUUGGAUGACACCCAAACUCUGAAAUGUAUUGUGAGUGCAUUGUGCCGAGCAGUUCAAUGCAGUGGGCGUCCAUUAUGUUGGUGACGUACAGUAGUUUUCAAACAACACCAGAGGAGGCUGCCAUGUUGCAUUCUCAUAAAUAAGACUUUGUAUUGGGAGUGGACACACACAACCUUAUAGCUGUGCAGUUUUUAAUGAUUCGUGUACAAAGGUAUGUCUGUUCUGAGCAAGCACUGCAUGCCUUUUGUCUACUGGUGGGACAUUGGCUCGCCUAUCCGUAGAACAUUUAAGUAUUACACAUUUUUUUGUAAAAUGAAUGGCUAGUUCAUGGUGCGUUUGGCUGGUUAGCACUUUGUGAAAUGAUGGGUGGUCAAAUGAACAAAAAUGAACUUGAGAUUUAUUUGUGGCAACACCUUUUCAGACUGUGACAUUCGGUAUCUUGCUCAAGAUGUUUUGUUAUUUUUAACUCUAAGCACUACAAGGCUGAAGUAGAAAUUUUAGGCGCACACGGUGUCAAAUGACUUAAAUAUUCCCAUUUCCGCUCAUUUUCACAAUAUCAAUGAUCUGAAGUGGCAUAUAUUUGCCACCAACGAAAAAAAAUGAAUGAAAGAAAUCAAUCUGCAAUUUUACUGGUUGCACAUGCACAAGUAGAUGGGGGG